AUGGGAAAACCACUUGCCAGAAAGUCCUCUCAAGAAGUCUGGUUUGGCAUACUAGCACCCUUUUUUAUUUUGUGCCUUGUAUUGCUUUGCUUGAGUUAUUCAACUCUAUUGGGUGUCACCAAUGGGGUCAAUCUUUUGGUGAUUAAACAAUUUCACACAAUUAACAUUUGGAAGAUCAACCACACCGAAGACUCGUGCGCCAAUCGUUACAUUUACAUCCAUGAGGGUCUUCCUGCCAGAUUCAACUAUGACUUCCUCAACAACUGUGAGUCUCUAAGUGCAGGGACUUGUAAUUGUAACACACCAAAUAUGUGUCCUCACCUUAUGAAUUUGGGGCUUGGUCCUCAAGUUAACGACUCCGAAGGUGUUUUAGCCAACAAGAGUUGGUUUAAAACAAAUCCCUACUUGUUAGAAGUCAUAUUCCACAACAAGAUGAAGCAGUAUGAGUGUUUGACAAAAAACUCCUCCCUGGCUUCAGCCAUUUAUGUGCCAUUCUAUCCCAGCAUGGAUGUUGGUGUCCAUCUGUGGGAUUUUAACCUCACUAUCAGAGACUCUUCAGCUAGAGAUUUUGUAAAGUGGCUUUCGGGACAACCCGAAUGGAUGAAAAUGUGGGGGAGAGACCAUUUCUUUGCUUCCGGGAGGAUUGCUUGGGAUUUCAGGAGGGAAAGAGACAAUAGUUCUGAUUGGGGUAGUAAACUCAGGUUCUUGGCUGAGUCCAUGAACAUGACCAUGUUGUCAAUUGAAGGAGGGAGAUGGAAAAACGACAUUGCAAUUCCAUACCCCACGAACUUUCAUCCUGCAAAGGACAGUGAGGUUGUUCAAUGGCAGAACAGAGUUAGGGAACAAGAAAGGCGUUAUUUGUUCUCUUUUGUUGGCGCACCAAGGCCUCACCAGCAGACUUCAAUCCGGGGAAAACUUAUUGAUCAUUGCCAAGCUUCAACUAAUUGCAAGUUUCUACAUUGCGAUGAAAAGCAAUGUGGCAACCCUGUUACUGUUAUGAGGGUGUUUAAGAGCUCUGUUUAUUGCUUGCAGCCUGGAGGGGAUUCAUACACUAGGAGGUCAGCUUUCGACGCAUUUCUGGCUGGUUGCAUUCCAGUUUUCUUUCAUCCGGCUACGGCUUAUACUCAAUAUUUAUGGCAUUUGCCAAAGAAUCAUACCAAGUAUUCCGUGUUUAUUCCGGUAAGGGAUGUAGAAGAUUUGAAAGAAGGCCUAAUUGAGAAAGUGUUGCUUGGAAUUUCAAAGGAUAAGGAAGUGGCCAUGAGAGAGGAGGUUAUAAGGCUAAUACCAAAGUUGGUAUAUGCAAAUCCCAGGUCAAGAUUAGGGACUCAAGAUGCAUUUGACAUCGCUGUGCAGGGAAUUCUUGAGAGAAUAGAGAAUGUGAGAAAGGUGAUUAGAGCGGGGAGGGAUCCUAGUAUUGGUUUUGCAGAUGAGGAUAAUGAUAAGUUCAAAUUUCCCGAGACACUAGACUCAUAG